AUGAUAACCCAAGAGCAUAAAAGUGCACUUAAAAGAACCCUGAUGCAGCUCUCUAAUUCUUUGUUGUCUACUAGUUUUGUCUUGGGAGUUCCAAGGAAAAGGAAGCACAAGCAUAAAGCUUGCUGCGAUCUAUGUGAAUCUCAGAAUACCUCAGAAGUUAAAGAAAGAAUAAUCUCAAAAAUAGAUUUCCCUAAGUCCCCUCCUCAAUAAGCGAACAAAAACAUUAGAAAAAUCCUUAAUUUUUUUGCCCAAAAAACCACCCUCAGUGAGCUAACAAAAAUUUUUUUAAUAGAAAAAUUUUUUAUGGGAAAAAAAUUUGAUAUAUAAGUGAUAAUUAGUAUAAUGAAAUCUUGAGCUAAUUCUGUUUAAUUUUAAACAAAUCGCGUUUUAAAUCACAAAUUUUACAAAUUAAACUAAAUAUUUACUUCUCAAUUUUUACAAAUUAGAAUAUUUUUAAAUUCUGAAAAAAAUAAUUUUCUAUAAAAUAUAUAAAUUUUUUUAUAAAAAAAUUAACCUUCCUUAAGCGAACAAAAAUUUUGUUUGCUCACGGAGGGGGAGUAAGCAGAAAAAAUCAAAAAGAAAGGUGAUUGUUCCUCUAACCAAUAAAGACUUAUUGGUUGAUUGUACAAGCGAAGAAAAAGAAGCCAUUCGAAUCUACGUUAACACUCAUCCUGGAGACAUAAAAGACCAACGAUACUGAAAAGAAAUCAGUGACCAUCUAUCCUUAAACUACACCCCAGAAAUGAUGAGACUCAUCUAUGUCCAAUAUUAUGAAGAGAAACUUAAAAGCAAUGAGGCUCAGCUUAUUAAAUACGAAACCGAAGAGGAUUUUUGCAAAUCUGAAAAUGGCUUUUCAAUCCAAUUAAUGCCAGCCCCAAGACGAAAAAUUUAUUCUUUGCCAAAAAUAAUUAUCAAGCCAAAAAUCAUUGUACCGAUAAAAAAAGAAGAAAAAUCAAAAGAAAUUGAGGAUAAUUCAGAAUUAGAAAGACUAAUAAAAAUCAGCAGCGAAGGAAAAAUAAUGGAAAAAUUCAAAAAAGUCGUGAAAAAAUGCAGAGAAUUUUAUGGGAAUUUUGUGACAGAAAGAGAAGUCCUUGAAGUUUUAACUAAAAAUGACGGCGAUGUAAAAUUGACACUAGAAUACUUUCAGCCAGAACUUGAAAAAAUUGAAAUUGCUAGCAAGGAAGCCAAAAUCCCCGAAAAAUUCCAAAAAAUCGUAGAAAAAUGCAGAGAAUUUUCUAAUAGAAACCUUUCUGAAGCUGAAGUGCUAGAAACCCUUUCCAAAUACUCAGGGGACAUAAAGCAGACCCUUAUCUAUUUUCAGUCAAUAAAUAACUUACCUGUUUAA